GUGCGCAUGUUUGUCGCUCCGCAAACAGAAACGGAAGCGGACUAACCAGCAGUAGACAUGGGGACUGGAUGAGUCGAAGGACGGAAUUCACCUCCAGGAGCCCUGACGUUCGGACAUGGGGGACCUUCAGCAGUGGUCGUGAUCCUUCAGGUCCACGUCGUGCGUGGUUGCAGUCGUUCUGGGACCUUUCGUGGUUCCAGCAUGACGGACUACCUGCCUCCUACCCUGCUGGAAGCCUGCAUCAUAGUGGGAGCGUCUGCUGACAAACUCCACGAGGUCUUCUCCUCUUGCACAGGUCACAUCACAGAAAACAGUACAGUGUCAAAUAAAUACCGUGCCGAUCUCUGUUUACCCACACAGGCGGUUAAUCCCGGCGGAACCCCCAGGCAGUUGGAGCCGGAGGUGCUGCAUGUCCUGGCACCUCCCUUUGGGAACAGACCUCAAAGUGAAAGUGAAAGCCGGCAGCGCCUGAAAAAAAAACGCUCCAUUCUCCGGAGGAAGAGGGACUCACCUGCUGCUGCUGCUUCGCCCCCUGGCCAAGGUUCAGCAGUGGAGGAAAAAGGAGCUGGUGAAGACGUCAGUGUUCCCAGUAGCAUCAACCUCAUGGCUAUACCUCAGCUCUGCUUCCCUGAUGGGCUUCAAGUAACCAAUGAACAGAGAGAUGAACAAUUCCACUUUCUGGUUUUUACUGACGUCUUUGGCAACAAGGCCCAUGGAGUAGUGAUGCAGUGUUCCCGGCCCAUACUGGAAGGGACGUAUUUCUCCCAUAACGGAGCUGGAUCCAAGCUUCCUAAACUGUUCUCCGCCUACAGUUUCUGUAUCAUAUCCAAGUUUCCGUACUUCACUGCACUCAAAGACUGCCUGUCAUGUCUUUCAGUCCAGCUGAGGACCUGUUGUUUAUCAGACAUGGAGGAGAGAGUGAGGGAGUUUGCAACCAGACUGUCACUCGUGCCCGUCCCACCUCCAGGACAGCUUCAGUUGAUGUUUUCGUUGCCUCCUCUGACCAUCGUACUACCACCUCAGGAAGACGCCGACCACCCCGUUAUAGAUUUAGCGCUCCAUCUGCCUUUCCUGUGCUUCAGGCCCCAGCAGCUUCUGCAGCUGAUUUCUUGCCUCCUGCAGGAACAGCGGCUGGUGCUGCUUUCUGCAAACUGGGCCAAACUCACGCUGGUGGCUGAGAGCUUAAUGGUUUUAUUACAGCCGUUCACGUGGCAGCAGCCUUACGUCCCCGUUCUGUCCAGAGGCAUGUUGGACUUCCUCAUGGCUCCAACUGCCUUCCUCAUGGGUUGCCAUGUCAGCCAUUUUGAAGAGGUUGUUUCUGAAACAGAUGGGCUGAUCUUGGUCAACAUCGAUAAAGGAACUGUCUACGCGUCUAGUUGGGACCCUGUUGAUCUCCCAGACGUCCCUUCAGAUGCAGCAGACUGCUUCACAGAGAGGUGUCAGUCUCUGCAGGUACACUUGGAUUUGGAUGAGUGCCACCAGAUGAGCAGCUGUGACAUCGAUGAGCAGAGGACGUGGAGAAGAACCUGGCAACACAACCUCAACCUGCAGAUCCAGAGGGUCGCGUUGGAACUGAUGGUCAACCUGUUCAGAGACGUUAGCAGCCAUCUGAACUAUGAGCACAGAGUCUUUAACAGCCAGGAGUUCCUGAAAACUAGAGAGCCGGCGGAGCUGCCCUUUUACAAAACGGUGUUGGAGACACACACCUUUCAUUCCUUUCUCAGAGACCGUCUCAACAGGAAGAUGGACAGUUACGCUCGACUGGAACUCAUCAGUUGCUGUGAGAUGUGGAACAUAAAGCCUGAAGUCCCAUACAGACCCACUAUGCAGGAGAUUCAAACUCGCAGAAAGUCCUCCACCACAGGCAGGACGCCAGGGACCAUGAUGUCUGAACCUGCACUGAACGCUCCCCCUGAGCCCGUGAAGACGUUCAAGCUCCCAGACUUCCCAGAGUCUCUGUCCUUCCACUCAAUCCAGGGCUUUUACGGUCAACUCAUCCAGCAGCUGGACAAAGCUAUUUCCUCUGUCCAAAACGAGGACGAUGCGCUGUUGGCCAGGUUCUCUGCUUUCCUCGUUUUUCCCCUUCCACUCCGUAAACAUUUCUGCUUCGACGGUCAUCUCUUCUUCUGCAGAUUCUAUUACCUGCGAGGCUUCAUCAGCGCGCUGUACUCCCGGCGACUGGACGCUCUGAGCGACUUCCAGAACCUCUACAAAACCGACGCUCUCGUCUUCCCCGCUCAGCUGGUCUCGUGGCUCGUGGACACGCUGCCUCAGGAUGAGCGACGCCGGGCCGAGCAGCGCCCGGAGCUCCAGAGUCUCAUCCUCAGGGUAAAGACGGAGAAUGAGAAGCCGCCGGUGCAGCAGGACAACCAAAUCAAGACGUUUGUGCUUCCCAUGCAGAAAAUGUCGCCUCAUCAGUUUGUGAGCUGCAUUCAGGAGAGCGGGAUCGUUAAGGAUGUGGGAACCAUUAAGCGCUUAUUUAAAGUUCUUGCUGACGGCCAGCCAGCGCAGGUGGACCCUUUAAUGUUUAGGGACUUCUACACCGUCUGGAAGGAGAUAGAGGCUGGAUCCCAAGACAUCAACCUUCCCUCCAAUGUCAUAGAAAGGCUUGACAGCAAUGAGUGUGUGUACAAGCUGUCGUCCUGUGUGAAGACGUCCAUCGGUGUUGGUAGUAUUGCCAUGACCCAGAAACGCCUGUUCUUGCUAACUGAGGGAAGACCAGGCUACCUCGAAAUCACCAAGUUCAGAGACAUAGUGGAUGUUAAGAAGGCCUCCGCUCCUUUUCUGCUUGUUCGCAUUCCUUCCCUUCGCAUCAGGACCUCCAAAAGGCCGGAGGUGUUUGAGGCCAACCUGAAGACAGAGACCGAGCUCUGGAGCCUCAUGGUCAAAGAGAUGUGGAUCGGACGCAAGAUGGCCGACCGGCAAAAGGAUCCUCAGUACCUGACUCAGGCUCUGACAAACGUCUUGUUGAUGGAAACCGUCGUACGCUGCCUGCAGUCCCAGAAGUCCAUCGUCGCUGCCGCACAGCUCACAAACUUUGACAGGCUCAAGCGUGAAGUGUCCAUGACGGAGCAUGAAACUACCUCAGAAACUCUCAAACACAGGAUUAACCCGUCCCAAGACCUAUAUGAACCUCAGACUGUGCACGUGCUCUUAUACACACCAGGUCAACUGAACUGCGGUGACUCACAGGGCGACAUGCACCCGAAGCUGUGGGUGGCUCUCAGCGGGGGCAGAGUGGUUGUUUAUGAUGCAACUAGCUGGUCCAUGCUGCAGGGCAGCAUCCAGGUCGGCAGGUCGCAGCUGAACUGCAUGGUGGGACUGGGCUGCGAGCAGGUGUGGAUCGGCUCUCAGGACUCCGUGAUCUACAUCAUAGAUGCUCGCAGCAUGUCCUGCAACAAACAGCUGACGGAACACAGGCAUGAAGUGACGGCUCUGGCCGCGGACGCCAGACAUCAUGCAUACUCCUGCAGCGGCGAUGGAACAAUCCUGCAGUGGGACGCUGCCAGUCUUAAAGUGAGGAAACAGUUCCACCUAAAGCCGAGCCGUUGGUUGUCCCUGCAGAUGCAUGACGAUGCACUGUGGUGCUGUUGUGGCGACAGCAUUGUGGAACUGAGAGAAGACGGUGAGCCCCAGCGAAUCCUGACGCUUCCUGACGACCUACAAAGUGUCAACAACGUCUUCAGCUGCUUCGUGGUCCUUCCACAGCAGGGUCAGGUGUGGGCAGGCUGUGCAAAGUCAGGCGACCUCUGUUUCUGGCAAAUUAACAGCCUUCUGCAUUCGUCCAUGAGGAUCUUGAUACCAGGCGCUUCAGAAGUCACCUGUAUGAUCCGGGUCAAGGAGCAGAUCUGGAUAGGUUGUGAUGAACAGAGCAGGGACGGAGGUCUGUGCGAUGAUCGGGUGAAGAGUCGAGUGUUGGUGGUUGACCCCAGGAGCCACACGGUGGCAAAGGAGCUGCUGGCUCAUUCGGAUGCCAUCCAGGCUCUGUGCUCCAUUGAAGAUCGCUAUGUGCUGAGCGGCUCGGCGUGCCGCGAUGGAAAGAUCGCCAUCUGGAAAGUUGAGUAGCUCCAUGAAGACGCACGGGGGACAUUAAGAGUCCACACGGGACCUUCCACUGUGAUCUACUGUGACUGGGCCAGUUUCACUAACCACGGUGCUAAUGUUUUAUUCUAAAAGCUAUUUGUUCAACGAAAUCUCUAAUCAAAUGUUUUAUUGUCAGGAAAUAAAUGAUGUGUUUACAUAAAUGA